AUUUUAUUUUGAUUGUCUAUCUGUACUGCCGCCAUUGCCCGUCACCUACUGCCGGUACCUGUCCCCUCGUGAGCCCUAAUUUGCUCAGGUGACUCUGCGACCCCUGAGUUUCUGUUCUAUUCGAUUCCGAGUUACUCAAAGGUGACGUUGAAUUUGGUAAUACCAUAUUACAAUACAGAAUUUCGCGUAGAUUCAGUCAAUGGCUCACAAUCAGGUUGAGCAUCUUGCUCAGCGGAAACAUUUUGCUACGUGUUGGUCCAUGGAAGCUGUGAAUCUUGCAUUAGAGAAAGGCGAUGUGUUCAAAGCAAUGUUUCGAGUGAAUGCACAUAAUCGGGUUGAGGCCUAUUGCAAAAUUGAUGGAUUGCCAGUUGAUGUUCUUAUUAGUGGAUUCUAUAGCCAAAAUAGAGCUGUAGAAGGUGACAUUGUUGCAAUCAAAGUAGACCCUUUUUCAUUAUGGACAAAGAUGAAAGGGUCAGUAGAAGCUUCCCCAGAGAAGCAGCUUUUACAUAGCACAAAUGAUACUUUCAAUGGCCAAGACCUAAUUAGACCUGCAAACUUUGAGCUGGAUCACACAACAGCUUCUUCACCUAAUGAAGGAAGAGAAGUUGUAAGUUUAGUGGAAAAACUGUGCACUUUAAUCACUUCAUUCCCAUCAAAAAGGCCAACAGGUAGAGUUGUAGCAAUCAUUGAAACAUCUCCACGUAGGAACUCCAUUGUUGGUUUCCUUAGAAUUAAAAACUGGUUAUCCAAGAAGACUAAGCUUCCAUCAUCAUCUUCAAAACAUGAACACAUCCAACUCAUACCCACCGAUCCAAAAUUUCCCAAAAUGAUUGUUCCUGUAAAAAACUUACCUAACACCAUCACAAAAAGAUUAGAUGACUGUGACUUAACCCUAGAAACUGACCUCAUUGCUGCACAAAUUGUGGAAUGGAGUGAAGAGUAUGACAGUCCAUUUGCUCAUGUUCUUCAUGUUUUUGGAAGAGGUGGAGAGGUGGAAUCACAGAUUGGUGCCAUUUUAUUCCAAAACUCAAUUAAUUCUUCCGACUUUACCCCUGAAGUAAUGUCAUGUAUACCUCAUCUUUCUUGGAGAAUACCUGAAGACGAAUUAAAACAUAGAAGAGAUUUAAGAAACUUAUGCACGUUUACCAUAGACCCUGCAACCGCUUCUGAUCUUGAUGAUGCCCUUUCGGUUGAAAAGCUACCAAAUGGUGUUUACAGGGUCGGUGUUCACAUUGCUGACGUGUCAUAUUUUGUCCCCCCUCAUACCCCUUUGGAUCUAGAAGCCCAAAUCCGAUCCACAAGUGUGUAUUUACAGAAGAAAAAGUUACCAAUGCUUCCACCAAUUCUUUCAGAUAAUCUAAGUUCACUUUCUCCUGGAGUUGAAAGACUUGCUUUUUCCAUCAUCUGGGAUAUAAAUCUUGAUGGGGUGGUUCUAGACCGUUGGAUCGGUCGGACUGUUAUAAAAUCUUGUUGUAAACUCUCAUACGAACAAGCUCAAGACAUUCUUGAUGGGAUUUCAAAUCUUUAUUAUCCUCCUCUAGUGAUUACAUCUGUCAACAAUCUUUAUGAAAUAUCCAAAGUCUUGAAAGAAAAAAGGUUUAAAGAUGGCGCAUUGUCUCUCGAAAGUCCAAAAAUCAUGUUCUUGUUUGAUAAAAACGGGAUCCCGUAUGAUUGUGUUCUUUCCGGAAGGUCAAAGUCAAACUUUCUAGUAGAGGAGUUUAUGCUUUUGGCUAAUACUACAGCUGCUGAUGUCAUCACACGCGCAUACCCUUCUAAUGCUUUGUUACGGAAACAUCCGGAACCAAAGCUAUCAAAACUUAAAGAUCUUGAAACUUUUUGCUCCAAACACGGUUUACAUUUAAACACUUCUACUUCGGGUCAACUUCAUCAAUCUUUGGAAAACAUAAGACACGAACUGAAGGACGAUUCCGUCCUUUUCCAUGUACUUAUGUCGUAUGCUACACGCCCAAUGCAGUUAGCCACGUAUUUCUGUAGUGGUGAUUUGACAGAUGGUGGUGAAGAUUGGGGGCAUUACGCGUUAGCGGUCCCACUUUAUACUCAUUUUACUUCUCCUUUAAGACGGUAUCCUGAUAUUAUUGUACACCGGAUAUUAGCUGCAACAAUUGAAGCUGAAGAAAUGUUGAAGAAAAAUGGAGGGAAAUUGUUUGAAAGAUGCUUUACAAGGUUGGUGUUUGAGAAAGUGGAAAGUUUUCAUGUUCAAAAGGCGUUGGUGGAUGCGGGAAUGAAAUACGCGGUUCCUGGGACCCAGUUGCUUGCUGACGUGGCGACUCAUUGUAAUGAAAGAAAACUGGCGAGUAGGUAUGUGAAGGAUGCUACUGAUAGGCUUUACAUGUGGCUUUUACUGAGGAAUAAAGAUGUUUUCCUUUCAGAAGCUAGAGUAUUGGGAUUGGGACCAAAAUUCAUGUCGAUAUAUGUGACUAAGCUGGCUAUGGAGCGGAGAAUAUACUAUGAUGAGGUGGAGGGUCUAAGCGCGGAAUGGCUUGAUGCCACAUCAACAUUGGUCCUGAAUUAUUAUCCAAAUAACCGCUCGCAUAAUAAAAAAGGAAGCAGUAAUAAAUUCAAGACAAUUGAAGAAGUGGCAAUGGUUUCCAUUCCAUACAACAUGGAAAUGGAAAUGGAAUCAGAAGAAGAAGUAGAUGCAGCAUUUGGAGAGAUGGGAAUCUCGGAUUCCGUGGUUGUUCCGGAUUCCGACAUCAAGCCGGCUUUCUUUCCGCUUGUGUUGCAUAUCCUUUCAACGAUUCCGGUUGCACUUCACCCGAUUGGUGGAGACGAUGGGCCAAUUGAUAUAGGGGCAAGACUGUACAUGAGCUCUUAUUUUAGUUAGGUUUUCUAUUAAUCUGAAAUUUUAAAACUGCUUGUUGUUGAAUGUUGACUGGCACACACAUACUGUUUAUUAGAAAAAGAGUAAAAGAUGGAAGGAAAAGGGAGUGAGAAUAAGAUGUAGAUAAGAAGGAAGGAGGU